AUGCCCUUCCACAAAUCAUCUAUGAAUAUUAGACUGAAGGACAAGCACAUCCUCACUGCCUACUGCCGACGACCGACCGGGGACGCAUUAUACUCCGAACUAGAUCUCAAUCCUUUCUUAGGGGCUAAGAAAGGAAAACUUACAUGGAGCUGUGAGAAUUUCUCCGAUUCUGCCACUGAUGUCGCUCUUCGAAUGGAUGGCCCAGACAAUGAGCCCAUUUUACAAGCGCGGCUUGACGAUGGGGAGGGAAACAUCUGCAGUGACGAGUUGAACUUAAGUUCAUGCAUCAAGAAUGAAGAUGGACAUUUGCGGUAUAUGCAAUGUUUCUAG